AUGGAGAUCUCGAUGAUCCCAACACCAGAUUUUAAGGAGUCGAAGAUGAACCAUCACCUAUCCCAAACGAAGGACGAAGUCUGCGAUAAACUCCAAUCUCAGUUAAAACUCGACCCUCAACAUUUGAAGAUCGCUCCGAUCAAAGGCAAGUUUGUCCCAGAAUCAGGAACCGCUGCUGUCAUCUUCGCCAAUGCUGCCUAUCAUCAGCUCGAUGGUCCAAAUACCGGCAUAGCUACCCAACGAACCGCAAAUUUUGUAUUUGAUCAAUCUUUCAGGGAUUUUGUUAGAAAAACAGCUCGAAUUAUACUACUCCUGCCAACACUUGAAGCGUAUUCAAACAACCCCCAUAAGAAUGGGGCCCUCCCCAAAACUCUGUUUUACCAAACACUUAACCCCAUCGAAAAACAGCCCGAUGCCUGGAAAGAGGAGCACCUCCAGCCGAGCUCAAAUCAAGACAUUCCGCAAUCUCCGUCUGCAUAUCGUGAAGCGGUCAGAGAUCUUUUGAAGUACCAACGCAGCAAUCUGCGUGUACUGCUUUUGAGAAACAUCCUCGAGACCAAGAGGAUAUUCAUUACCGAUCAUGUGCCAAACCGUAAGGCCAUGUUAACUUCUAUCUAUGAAGACCUUCCACCCAAAGGUGGUAAGAUGACAACUGCCAAGAUUACACACCAAGUCACGACAAACUAUGCAAUGCGAGCCCGCAUGUGCUAUGCUCGACUCGUCAUGGUAUAUUUCUAUGUACACAAAUCCAAGAAGGAUUUGCAAUGGUCGGACAUCGAUGAACGAUUGGCUGUCCUACGAGGUUCGUCGUGUGAAUUCCAGCAACACCAUUCGAUCCUUGUCUUGAACAAAGACUUCCUGCUCUUCUCCCAAAAGAGGAACUAUAAGAGCAUGAAACCCGAAGAAUUCUCCGUGCCCACACUUGAAGAAGUCCAGGACUUGGUCGACACUGGAACUAUCCCCGCUACCCUCAAAUAG